GGGUAAUUUUGCUUCAUGGGUCGGAUCACUUUUAUGAAGACCUGACCCGUAAACUAUAUCGGCUUCCUCCCACUCGUCUUCUCCACUUCGUUGCGGUUCGUUGCUGGUUGGCCUCGUAUCCUACAAGCUACAGCUGUUUGGUUAUCAGUUGAGUAGAUAGAUGGAGAACACGGCAUGAUUCGAGGUGCUGAACAGAAAAGUUUGCAAUGCCAGCAAUAAGUUUCGAGUAUCUAUUUCUUUUCUCAGCGCUCUUUCGCCUCUUUCUGAUAUUAUAUGGGGAGUGGCAAGAUGCUCAUAUGGAAGUUAGAUACACAGAUAUAGACUACUUUGUCUUUUCUGAUGCUGCUGCAUUAAUGGCAUCUGGACGAUCUCCUUAUGAAAGGUCGACUUAUCGGUAUUCGCCAUUGAUAGCGUUUCUUUUGAUGCCAAAUUCAUUCCUCCAUCACUCAUGGGGAAAAUUUCUGUUUUCAACUGCAGAUCUACUAGUGGGGUUGCUUAUUCACAAAAUUUUGAAGCUACGUGGGGUUUCCAAGAAACUAUGCACCUAUUCCACAAUGGUAUGGCUUUUUAAUCCAUUCACCUUCACCAUCGGAACACGAGGGAACUGUGAGCCAAUUGUCUGCUCAAUUAUCUUAUGGAUCAUACUAUGUUUGAUGAAUGAUAAUCCCUUGCAAGCGGCAUUUUGGUAUGGGCUUGUCGUUCACAUGAGAAUAUACCCAAUAAUAUAUGCACUUCCCAUCAUCUUAUUACUCGACCCUCUACAUUUCCCACCUGGUGAGAAACCCACACUCGCGACCUGGGGUUGGAGAAGAUCAAAGUCAUCGUCCUUGGACUCAAUUAGCUCAAAAAUCACGGAUUCCCAGUAUAUCUGGAACUUCUUCAAACGCCUAUUUACUUGGAGAAGAGUCAUGUUUGGGAUUAUCUCCGGAUCUACUUUCUUCAUAUUAACCGGACUAAGUUACUAUUUUUAUGGAUGGGAAUUCUUGCACGAGGCCCUGCUAUACCAUCUAACCCGAACAGACCCACGCCACAAUUUCUCUAUAUAUUUCUACCACAUAUAUCUCCAUUACGAACACAAGUUUUCAAUGCUGGAAAAGCUUGUAUCCUUCCUCCCCCAGUUAACUGUCCAGCUAGUUCUCAUUUUCCGGUUCGCCUAUGACUUACCAUUCUGUUUCUUCCUGCAGACAUUGGCAUUUGUAGCAUUUAACAAGGUAAUAACUGCACAAUACUUUGUGUGGUUUUUCUGCCUGCUACCUCUAAUAUUGCCGUGGAGCAAUAUGAAGCUCAAGUGGAAAGGCCUUGCUUGUAUCCUCUUUUGGAUCGGUGCUCAGACCCAUUGGUUGAUGUGGGGUUACCUGCUCGAAUUUCGGGGUAAGAAUGCAUUCUUGCAACUUUGGAUAGCAAGCUUAGUAUUCUUGGCAGCCAAUACCGUUGUUAUUAUGAAUGCCAUUCGAAGCCAUGUUUACUGCCCUCUGUUCAGACAGUUAGAGCAGCCAAAUUCAAGCAAACGUAUGAAAGAUGAGUAAUUAGUUUGCUGUCUGAUGUUUUACAUGUUUCAGUCCUUUUAUAGCUGGCAAGAAUUAUUCGAAUACAUACUUUAAGUUAUGUUCUGGUCUAGAAUUUUUUCAUUUGUACAAUUCGGAAAAUGUAAGCCCUUCAUUUUCAAUAGUUUUGUUUAAUGCAUUAUGGCCUCAGAAAAGCAUACGUGCCUGCUAUUAUUUCUAAGAGCGUGAUUAGAAUUUGUCUGAAUGGUUUGAAUCGUAGAUUUCGGUUUCUACUCAAUUGGUUCAAGCUGUUGAUUUCGGUUUUGGUUCCAGAUACCUGUCAUGAUUUGGCCACUUGAACUUCGAUGAUUUCAAUGAGCAAAAAUAGCUUGGUAAAGAGUACUUUAAUAAAUAUAUUGUUAUGUUCUUUUUGUUUUUUGCGGAUGGAAGUGUGUAUUGCAAAAUUACCAUCAACUAGUAACUACAGAUAACACAUGAAGACUUCUGCAAGCAACUCAGAAACUUUAAUCUCCGGUGCUCAUUAGCUAGCUUGUUUGUUAUCUUGCUUACAACAACAAGACAUACAUUUUUGUAGCAUAAAGUUUAAAUCCAUCAAUCAUACAAUAGGCUCGAAGAGUACCUUGAAUAUGUGGCUGUCGGUGGUUUCUGCAGCAGUAUAGGCACCAUAGUAAUAUGUCUUGGCAACGGACAGAAAUGCUUGCUUGACAUUUCUGUCAAUGCCGCUUUCUUCGAGGACUAAUUUCACUAAUGCUUGCAUGUCUUGCUCUAUUUCCAUACUCUUCAUGCUACAUUUGGUCAUUCUCCAGGCUUCAAUAUCCGAUGCCUGUGCGCAGUCCAAAUAUGGUAUGUGAUUUUCUUUAUUAGGCAAAGAAACUGCAGAAAAAGAUUAAAAAUCUGCUUAUGUCACCUUCAUGCUUUGUAUGCGAGAAAGUUCGCGACAAAUUUUAUUUGUUAGGUUGGCGAGGGAUGUGUAGUCACUGUGGGACAGUAUAUCCUCCUUAAAACCAAUUCGGCUUGCGCAGAUGUUUAGAGUUGUCGCAAGGAGCGAGGCGUCGCAGAAAUCGACCUCUCCUCGCUGUAGUUUCAUCAGCCAUUCACCCCACUGCACAUUGCAUUUUUAUGAACAAAAUAUUUUAUAUGCA